UUUUUGGCCGCUGACAUUAGAGCUCACCCUUCACGAUGGCACGAGCGGCCCCACAAAGCCGCGACAGCACCGGCGUCGGCUGGACCCGAACCCAGACCAGGCCUGAUCAAAACACUAAGGAUGGGUAACCGUCCCGACGCGGACUGAGCGGUACCGGAGAGACGCCUGUUGUGAAGUCCAACCAGAGAGGAGCUCUGUGCCUUUGGUGAGUCCACAUCCCUGCAUCAUGACCAAGGAGGAGGAGAUCCCGGACUGGGUCGGAGCCAAGGAGUUUUAUGACAAGUAUGAGCCCAAGGAGAUUCUGGGAAGGGGAGUGAGCAGCGUGGUGCGUCGCUGCAUCGACAAACGGACGUCCCAGGAGUACGCCGUGAAGAUCAUAGACAUCACCCCCUCAGACAAGACGACCCCACAGGCCAUUCAGGAGAUCAGAGAGGCCACGGUGAAGGAGAUCGACAUCCUCAAGAAAGUCUGUGGACAGGAAAACAUCAUACAGCUCAAAGACAGCUAUGAGUCCAACGCUUUCUUCUUCCUGGUAUUUGACCUGAUGAGGAGGGGAGAACUUUUUGACUACCUCACGGAGAAAGUCACCCUGAGUGAGAAGGAAACCAGGAAGAUCAUGCGCGCUCUGCUGGAGGUGGUCCAGUUCCUCCACUCCCAGAACAUCGUCCACCGGGAUCUGAAGCCUGAGAACAUCCUCUUAGAUGAUGAGAUGAACAUCAAACUCACUGACUUUGGCUUCGCUGUGCAAGUCAAACCAGGGCAGAAACUUAAAGAGGUGUGUGGGACCCCUGGGUAUCUUGCUCCCGAGAUCAUCGAGUGCUCGAUGGACGCUGGAAAUGCAGGAUAUGGUACUGCUGUAGACAUAUGGAGUGCAGGGGUGAUCAUGUACACGCUGCUGGCAGGCUCUCCACCCUUCUGGCACAGGAAACAGAUGCUGAUGCUGCGUAUGAUCCUGGCUGGAAACUACGACUUCUCGUCCCCAGAGUGGGAGGACCGUUCGGACACUGUUAAAGAUCUGAUCUCUCGGAUGCUGGUUGUGAACCCAAAGCAACGCUUCACGGCUGCAGAUGCCCUCAACCACUCGUUCUUUUCACAAUAUGUGGUGCACGAAGUACGACAGUUCAGUCCAUACAGACGGUUUAAGGUCAUCUGCAUGACUGUGCUCGCCACAAUGAGGAUCUACUGCAGCUACCGUCGUGCCAAACCCGUCACCAAGGAAGUAAUCAAGAGUGACCCAUACGCUGUCAAGCCCAUCCGAAAGCUCAUUGACGCAUGUGCCUUCAAGAUUUACGGCCACUGGGUCAAAAAGGGACAAACACAGAACAGGGCAGCACUUUUCGAGAACACUCCCAAAGCCAUCCUGCUGUCGCUUGCUGCAGAGGCAGAUGAGCCGAUCCGACACAUCUGGUAACGAGUCCUUGUCCCUGACGGCUGAACAGAGCAGCGUUUAUUGGUUUCAUAUAGAAAAUGAACUGGUAAAACGUAAAUGGCAACUUUCAAAUGGGGCUUGUCUGAAAUGUUUCCAGUAUGUGCUGCUUAUGACAGAAUUAUUCUUUAAAGUGCUAUUGUUUUACCUCAAAAACUAUUCAAACUAGCAAACGUAAAACCUAACUGUAAUAGCUUUAUAUAUUGUCAAAAUUGUGUUUCUAAGUUCAUGGAAAUUCGAGUCAGUAGCCAAGGCAUCACGUUAGAAAAAAGG